AAGAAGACAAGGCGCCCGUGAUGCGACUUGAAAGCUCGCAAGUUGUCCGAACUAACGUGCGUGUUUGGACGCUUGUUAACGUCAUGGAAAGCAAGAAAGCCAUUUUGAGCGUCCCCGCUUAUGGUCACGUCAUCGCCAGCGAGAAGUGGAGAAAGUCGUCGCUUAUUCAAAACUUGAAAGGCGGAGGCGUGACCGUCCUGUUGGAGAGCGAGCCGGGCGUGGCCGACUUCCUCCUCCCCGACGACAGCCGCGUCCUCUACCUUUCCGAGCGUGACGUCGUCGCGGGCGCCGCCUACAAGCGGAAGCUGGUCCGCUUCAGGAAGGACCGCGGCAGCUUCCGGAGGCUGGUCCUGGUGGAGAACACGGGCCCGGUCCGGCGGGACUUCUGGGCCGUGCAGAAGUCGGCGGCGUUGGAGCUGGGCCUGACGCUGCUGCCGGUCGGCGGGCAGACGGAAGCCUCGCGGCUCCUCCUGCAAAUGGUUCACGCGGACGGCAAGGAGAACCCGUUGAGAAGGAGGAGCCGGUCCGGACCGCGGGACGCGCCGGUCUUGGCCGCGGUGCGGCGCGUUCCCGGGGUGGGCCGGGUCAAAGCGCCGGCCCUGUUGGAGCGCUUCUCCAGCAUCCGUCAGCUGUGCAACGCCACCGUCGCGGAGCUGGAAGCCGCGGUGGGCCGGGCCGCCGCGCUAAACAUCCACGCGUUCUUCCACGAGACGUGAUUGUCGGCGUUUUUCGGUGGCAAAAGGCGUAGUAAUUAUGGAUUUGAAGAACGGGGUCGGCACGGCAACCGAGCGGUCGGCCCAUCUGCCGUCGAAUCUCAGCUAUGAAAUUGCCGUAUUCUCCGAAUGCUUGAAAACCUCUCAGUACUUGGCACCAGUUCGUUCAUAAAAGAAGGAGACUAUUAAUGUACAGUUCUUUUUUUUGUUGUCACUUGUAUUUCAUGGACAAAUUGUUUUGUAUCCGCUUUGUCCAUGUUCGGCUAAGACUGCCCCCUUUCCUUUGAUUGGUUCCCUCCGUGUAGAAGACCCACUUGUGAGAGCACCCUUGUCUGUUAUGUCGACGCAGCUGGCUCGGGAGCGGAAAGGGAAGGCAGAGAUCUUCGCUCGUGACGUAGAUGAGCUCGAGAAAUUCGAAUGACCUGAUUUCAGGCCUUAGGAACUCAGGAAUGCGUGGAUGAUUUUAAUUCAUAUUUCACGUUUACUGAGGUACCAUAGACACAAUCUUACGUUCCUAAAUACUAGAAAAAGUUGGUUUGGCAAAAUAUGUCCCCUUUAAAUAAAAGACAGUUCGGCCACCGCCUGCGUGGAGUUUGCAUGUAUUUCCCGUGCCAACGUGGGUUUUCGCCACUGGAUGGGGUGCGGGGAACCAAAAAGAGAUCAUAAACGCUGAGCUGUGAAAGUGGGUUUGUGGCUCGACUAAAAACUGCCUCUGUCCUGCGAGAUGGUUUGACAUCCACACGUCUGGAUUUGACAGAUUUCAAUUCCGAUCCUUGUCAGAUGAACGUUUUGAAUGGUCGGUCACCUUAAAUGUACUGUACAUAUGCAAUCUCAACUAUCACUUAAAAUCAACAGGACUCUGAGAUAAGGCACUCAACCAUUCAGCCCCUUGUUGGAGAACAGGACGUGGACGUGUGCAUUCAAAAGCUUAGAGACGGUCGAAUUAAAUUCACUUGUAAAGGUUAUUGUACAUUUCAGGUUCAUCUUGGAAUUUCACCCAAGCCUGAAUAGCCCUAACUCUUUGUGAGUAGUGUUUCAAUUAGGGCAUAUACAGAAGUAGUAAGAUUAUCUUCGAUUUUGCCACCCACAAAGUGAUAAAAACUCGACUCCAAACAUUGCACAAAGGGGACGGGGAGGACACAUUGCGCAAGGCGUCUACUUUCUUGGGGUUGGGGAGGCGGUGCCGGGAUCGAUGGGAUAAAAUCAAUCGUCAGGGGUCGCGUCGUAUCUGCGCAUUUUAUUCGGCGGAGUCGAUCUGCAGUUGAUACAAGAAGGCCACGAUCGACAUGCGGUCUCAUCCACCUCAUUUGGUCAAAUGGGGUCCUAUGUACUGUAUGUGCUGUUUCCCAAGGGGUUUUGAGGUUACUUCUGGAUCCGGAUAAUCUUGCCUGGCUCUGUCGAAAAGUGAAUGUAUGUUUUUCAGGCUGCUAAGCAUUUGUAUGGUUCUAAAUCAUUUCAAGUAAGUGAUCUUGCUGCAUUCUGCUCAAUUAUACAGAUGAAAACCUUGGCUCUUCUUUUACUUGCCCUGUUAUCCAUUCGUCGCACUCCAUCCGUGAGGUCUGAGUUGUAAUCUGGGAUUCCCUACCUGGAUUGGGAACUGCUGCCUGUCAGUAGGUGGUUUGUUAAUCGGAUGGUAAUGAUUUAAUCCCUUUAUUAGUGUAAAAGAUACACACACGGUUCACUUCCAGCCUAAAAGCUACGUGCUCCUAGGCCACUCUAUUUAAACGUUGCUUCCUCUCUUCUUCACAGCUUCAGAAGGUUUAAAAUAAUCCCAAAAACAAAUGGGACCAAAAGUUACUUUCGCUUGACAAAUUGCAAAAGUGUAUGGAAAACAAAAUCAAAGCCAUAUUUUUGUUGUUGGCUAAAAACAAAUGGUCUUGAAUUAUCUGUAAUUUGUCCUGUUUCAUAAAAAACAAUUACGCACUUAAAUUAUAAUACGUUAUAGAAAAUAUAAAACACACACACACAAUGAUGUCGGUUGUAUAACUCGGUUAGAGUUUUCACAAUAUAGUCUAAAGAGUCUGUGUAAAGCAUUUGUUUACGACUUGUAAAUAAAGAUACCAGCAGACUUCUGUGUCACGCUUAUUUAUUACUUUGGCUUUUGAAUAUUAAGAGCUCCCUGAUAAUAACAAUAACAAACAUGUUGUUUGUUUGCUGGCUUGUAUACAGUUGUAAACAUAGUAAAACUGUUAAAAAAAAAAAAAAACACACGCGCACACAUUUGGCACACAAGGCUGAAAUGUAAUCGAAGGCCGUCACUGGGCUCGCCCGGUUAAAAAGAAGAAAGGCACUUGAGUAAGUGAGAACGAUGCAACACCGCUUCCCGUUGAUCAAACCUAUUCCACCUGCGUGAACGCCGCACCCUUUAAAUCCACUGUUAAUCUGUGAACUUGCGGUUGGGGUUGGCGCCAAAUAGGGACACUCUGAUUUCAGGCAUCAUCUGGAAGGAGGAAAAGCAGCAACAUGUAGCACAUUGUGAGGCCAAGAUGAAAUCGGAUAAAUAUAUGAGCAGCCACGUGAUUCAAUGCUCCCAUCCAGCUUUUCUUUUAAAUGUUUCUUAUCAAGAGCACAAUGCAGUCUUUUCUAUAUUAUAUUGGUUCUAGUGUUUUUUACUACAUUGCUGUAGUUCACUCCUCAUUUUGUAUUUGUUCAUUUUAGAUCAUUCUUUUCUUCCUGUACGGCGACCUUUGAGUGACAUGAAAUUAAAAAUAUGUUGAAAUGAUUUGUAUUAUUCUAAAAGCAUUGUAUUGUCUAUGGUUUUAACAUGUCACCCAAGCAUCAAAUAAAUUAAUUACCAAUGUGUAUUUAUAAAGCUUGUAUGCAGCAGUUGCACACAACAUUUGAUUAAAUUAGAAAAAUACAGAUAUCAAAGAGUACUUUGUACACUUUUGUAUCUACGUAUCAACAGAUUAAUAGUGAUCACUCACAGAUAAAAAUCUGUGUGAGGGUGUGCGCCACUGGAAUUGUGUGUAGUGUAGUGCCCGCUCCAGGCCAAAUACUGCUGAUGAAACACAUUGUUGUCUUUACCUGUUGCGCUAAAAGUUCAAGUCUGUUCUCCAAAGUGUUAGAAACUUUUAUCUUGCCGUUGUCAUUGUACACCUCCACUCCUCCGCAGCUGUGAAAACAAAACAAAAAAAGAAAUAAAGACUUUAUUAAAAAAAAAAAAAAAAAAAAAAGUAAGAAAUGUGUGUAAAUGUUAAUUGUACAUUGAAUUUGCUUACAUGCUUGACGGUAGAAAAUGGUCCAUGUCAAUUUGGACAGCGAUGUGUUUUUUCACAGCCGCUUUAAAGAUGGGGAUGU